AUGGUUACACAACAGAGUUCUUCACAUCCAAAUCAUUUAUCUGCUCUCGAUCAAUUUGUGGCUCCUGGAUUGAGGCUUUGGAUGCUCAUCGCCCUCGUAGGAGGCGUUUUAUUGAUUAUGAUUGUCAUCGUCUGCUGUUUUAUGCGAAUUCGCAUUCCGCGUACGAAACGUCAAAUCGAUUUGAUCGCCGCCAAAAGAAAAUUGAGGAAGAGCAACAAAAAAGCGAGCGAAGCGAAUGCACACAACGACCAACGAGCGCAGGCGAUUGUGAUGAACUCAAUGCGGCCGUCAUCGACAAGAACCUCAUCGAGUCGACAUACUGGCUCCAAGAUCCAAUCGCAAGUCUAA